AUGUCCAUCCCCUCCGAUCCGAAGCUUGAGGGAUUCGAUGUUCUCCAGGCUACGUACAAGCAAAUUGGCGACCAUGGUAUUCGAGCAGACAUUUUGAUACCUCGAGCACCAUUCACGGGCAAACGCCCAGUCAUCGUCCGCACCCACUGCGGCGCUUUGGUAACAGGCGAUUCACUAGACCUGUUCUUUUGGCCCCACUGGCUCUCAGACUUAGCGCUCAAACAUGGCGCGGUGAUUGUGUCACCCAAUUACAGACUCAUGCCCGAGACCACCAGCCCGGAAAUCUACGACGACAUGGACGACUUCUGGAAAUGGCUGCACUCAUCAACCCUGACAAAUCUUCUGACCAAACACUCCACACCUACUGAGGUCGACCUAUCCCGCCUCCUCACGACCGGUGACUCUGGCGGUGGUCUCCUCAGCGUCUACCUUGGCUUGACUUAUCCAACUCAGAUCCGCGCUACCACAGCCAUGUACCCCUGGAUUGACCCGGGCGCGGCAAGCUUCGGUGCUCCGCGCACGAUUCUCCCCAUCGGCCUGGAUACCCCAGAGUCCGUUAUCAUAGAUACUCUGGCUGCAAUGGCGCCAGGGGAUAUUGUUUCAUCGGUUGCCACGCAAGAUCGACUGCAGUUCGUUUUUGCGGCUAUUCAACACGGUCGUUUGAGCGAAUGGUAUGCGCGUCGCGUGGAGGGGUCAUCUGACCGGGAGUUGUUCUAUCCUAUGGAGAAGAUUGAACAGCCUGGGUUGAGUAUCCCGCGCGGUGGUAUUGCCAUUGUGCAUGGGUGUCAGGAUACCGUGGUCUUUUUGGAGGAUGCGGAGAAGUUUGCUAUGCGGUUACAGGAGGUUACGAAGGCCAUUAGUGGUGUGGAAUUCCAGCACCCCUUUGAUCGGUCAGGGAAGAGUAACGCGUGGCUUUCCAUUUACGCAUAG